GAGAGUGUCGGUGGCUUAUACUGUAGGCACAAAGCAAGAGAGGCAGAGAUCUGCACAUCACAGGCUCAAAGAGCAAAAACCUCACCCGAAGCACAGCAGCCACAAAGGACCAUGGCAUUUGCAGGGAUGCUGAGCGACGAGGACAUCAAGGCUGCGGUCCAGGCUUGUCAAGCUGCUGACUCCUUUGAGUACAAGACAUUCUUCAAGGCAUGCGGGCUGGCCAGCAAGUCUGCAGAUGAAGUCAAGAAAGCUUUCCUGAUCAUUGACCAGGAUAACAGUGGCUUCAUUGAGGAGGAGGAACUGAAGCUGUUCCUGCAGAACUUCUCUGCCACUGCCAGAGCACUCACUGAGAAGGAGACAAAGGCUUUCCUCUCUGCUGGUGACAGUGAUGGUGAUGGCAAGAUCGGAAUCGAAGAGUUCGCUGCCCUUGUAAAGGCAUAAAUUUCCAUUGACCAAGAUCUACUUCUUUUCAUGGAACUG